UAGAGCUCUACAAUCGGAUUAGCAGAGACGACAGACACUUCAGGUGAAUUAAUUAAUGGAGGCAUGCAGCUGUUAAACGUGGACUUCCAAUAAUACAAUGACAAGAUGAGCCAUUUGAAAAGUAAAGAAAAACCACGUCCCGACAAAAGAAACGUGCUGGAUGUUUUCAGCAAACAUUUCAAGUCUCAAACCUCUACCCCAGUUUCAACAACUGCAUGUUGCUCAUCUUGUAAAAAUGGAGAUGGUUACGAAACUUUACAGAGUAAUGCAAUGUCUGCCAAAGGGAAACGUCUGAAGACUCGUAAGGAGAGAGAUCAGAUAAAACAGGGAUGCAAUGGGCAAAAAAUGAAAUCACACUCCCGCCACAAACAAAUUGUCAGAAGAGAAGGCAGAGAAAAAGAGUCAUUUCAAUCCUCUAAUUCACUCUCUCAUACGCUCCUUCAAGAAAAAUUUGCCAAAGCUUUCCCCUCAAAAGAGCCCUCCUUUAUCACGGACAGACGCCUUCUUGGCCAUCAAGGUCUGUUCAACCAUGAGGUGAAGUCAUUUGAUAUAGAACGUUUGCUGACUGAAGAGAGGAAGUCAGUAAGGUCCAAAAACCACUUAGGCCACUCUGACAGAAUGUUGCAAUCACCCACUCUGUCUCCCACUCAGCACUCAGGAAACGAGAAGGAAUGUCCACCGAAACAAAAACAUGAAGUGUCUGGGAAAUGCAGGAGAAAGAGUAUCUCCUCUGAGAGUAGAUGUGGAGUCUCAGCAAGAAGUCAAACGUGUUCACAAAGUGACGAGAAGGGAGGAGACGGAGGUACAGCCAGUCAAGAAUCGAUGGUGUCCCCUUUUCAGAGAAAUACAGAAUGUGUGGUGGAAAUAUCACCAUCUGAAAGCAACUCUGUUGCGAUUCUGUCCUCCCCUCCCAGAAGUUCUGCGUCAAAUAACAUGCAGCUGUUAACGCCAAGGAUUUCGCCUGAAAGGCACAAGGGCCCCCAUACGCACCAUGCCGAGUACCCUCUUCAGCCAGAGUUUCUGCAUGCCCAUACUCAACAUGCAGAGUGCACACCUACACACCAGAGACCCAGAGUGCCUCACACAAAGGCACAGAUGACUCAUAACACCCCAGACUCGCCCAUAACUGGAGAAGCAGGCCAUGUCAAUCUUCAUCAAAAAGGAGGGAAUGGUGAAACCGAGAGGGAAAAGCAACAGCCAAAAGUAGCCAGUCAUCUGAUCAGCCUUGUGGCCAGCCGCCUGUGCAAGUCUCUCGAACGCCCUGUAAUGAUGCGCCACCACCUGUUGGCGGAGUGCAGGUCCACAAUUCUCCAUGCGCUGCACGAGAGCCACGGCACAGAGGUUCAGCAGAAUCUGGUCAGGCUGCACUCAAAGCUGGGCUCCGGAGAAAAGCAAGAAGGCAACGAAAAUGGCAGCGGGAUGCACGGUGACGACCCAGAGGAAAAGUGCACAGCACUUAUGGAUUCUCAGUGCAGUGCCACAGAACAAGACUUUGGGCAGCAGAGACCCAGCAGCAAGAGGAGGCGGAAGCAGACCUGUCCCCAGAGGCGGACACCUGCUAGUGCCAACGCCCGGCGGACCCCUGCCAGUGCCACUGCCCGGACCCCCACUCCCCAGCAGCCCCCCAGUGAACCACGCCGCCACAGCAGCCCCAGGACACCACAGGGUGUCCCUUGGAGUUUCGACAUGGCAACACAGCAAAGGGUUCAUGUUGAAUCGGCAAAUGAAAUCCCUGACCCGUUCUCUCUGGAACCCCAAGCAGGCCAUAAUACUUUACUGACUGUGAUGAAUACCUCACCUGAAUGGCCCCCACGCACUGCCCAUAAUACUUUACUGGCUGUAACAAGCACCCCACCUGAAUGGCCACCACACACCGCCUUACCCUGUCUCUGGAACAAGCAACAUCACCAGGAGGAACUCCCCCCACUGCCCGUGAUCAACCCCUACGAGAAAUGGAGACACGACCCGGGUGUGAGCUUUCCCUUCCAGGCAGAAUACCAGGCACAGCGCGAGGAUCCUUACCACACUUACAGAGCCCUGCCACAAGAAUACCAGGCGCAGCACGACAAUCCUUACUACACUUACAGAGCCCUACCACAAGGUGGCGCACGUAGACAGGCUCAGCACUUGUCUGUGCAUCAGCAUCAUCAGUUUGACCGCACCAGGCAGCGUGCUAACGCUGGCCCUUCUGACUCGGCUCACACUUCCCUGGACAGCCUGCAGCUCCAGCCCUACUUCCGCUUUCAGCACCCACUCGGCUCUGCCAACGUCUCUGUGGCAUCCAGCAGCACAGACAUGACCCUCUACCCCCCCUCCGAGCUUCUGCACAUGGCCAUGUCUCCACCCAAGCCUCCCCCUGCCAGUCCAGAGGCCUGGUCGUACCCCAGGAUGAGGUUGUACUGACCUUCACAAAUUUCACUUGAUGGACAGUGAUAGCAGUCUGUACAUAUUCCAAUUGUCUUUACAAUUAGACCUAUCAAUCUAUCAGUUUUAAUUAUGUUGAAAAAAUGGUGAUGUGAAGUCACAGUCCUAUUAUUUUCUGUAGGUCACCAUGAUUUGUGACAAUAUAGUUUUACACAUUCCUCAUCAUAAAAAAACAACAUUUUUUUUUGUCACAUUGAAGUGUAAUGUUUGAAAACUCUUUGCGUAGUUGAAAAUUAACAACUUGAACAAAUAUAUUAACAUAAACAUUUCUUU